AUGGUCGUGGACAUGGACGUGGACGUGGACGUGGUCGUGGUCGUAGAUGUGGUCGUGGACGUGGACGUGGACGUGGUCGUGGACGUGGUCUUGGACUUGGACUUCGACGACUUGGACGUGGACGUGGACGUGGUCUUGGACGUGGACUUGGACAUGGACGUGGUCGUGGUCGUGGACGUGGACGUGGACUUGGACUUGGACUUGGACGUGGACGUGGACGUGGUCGUGGACGUGGUCGUGGUCGUGGACGUGGACGUGGUCGUGGACCUUGUCGUGGUCGUGGUCGUCGACGUGGUCGUGGUCGUUGACGUGGACGUAGACGUGGUAGUGGACGUAGACCUGGUCGAGGUCGUGGUCGUGGACGUGGUCGUGGUCGUGGACGUGGACGUGGUCGUGGUCGUGGUCCUGGACGUGGUCGUGGUCGUGGACAUGGACGUGGUCGUGGUCGUGGACGUGGUCGUGGACGUGGUCGUGGACGUGGUCGUGGACGUGGACUUUGACGUGGACUUGGAUGUGGACGGGGACGUGGACUUGGACGUGGACUUGGACGUAGAGUUAGACUUGGUCGUGGUGUUGGACGUGGUCGUGGACUUGGACGUGGUCGUGGUCGUGGAUGUGGACGUGGUCGUGAACGUGGUCGUGGUCGUGGACGUGGACGUGAACGUGGUCGUGGACGUGGACGUGGUCGUGGACGUGGACGUGGACGUCAUCGUGGUCGAGGUCGUGGACGUGGACGUGGACGCGGUCGUGGUCGUGGACGUGGUCGUGGUCGUGGACCUGGACGUGAUCGUGGACGUCAUCGUGGUCGAGGUCGUGGACGUGGACGUGGACGCGGUCGUGGUCGUGGACGUGGUCGUGGUCGUGGACCUGGACGUGGUCGUGGUCGUGGUCGUGGACCUGGUCGUGGUCGUGGACGUGGACGUGGUCGUGGUCGUGGACCUGGUCGUGGUCGUGGACAUGGUCGUGGACGUGGUCGUGGUCGUGGACGUGGACGUGGUCGUGGACGUGGACGUGGACGUGGACGUGGUCCUGAUCGUGGACUUGGUCGUGGACUUGGUCGUGGACUUUGUCGUGGACGUGGUCGUGGUCUUGGUCGUGGACUUGGUCGUGGACUUGGUCGUGGACUUGGUCGUGGACGUGGUCGUGGUCUUGUUGGACGUGGACGUGGACGUGGACGUGGUCUUGGACGUGGACGUGGACGUGGACGUGGAUGUGGACGUGCUCGUGGAGUUGGACUUAAUCAUUGAGCUGGACGUGGUCGUGGACUUGGACGUGGACGUGGACGUGGACGUGGACGUGGUCGUGGACGUGGACGUGGACGUGGACGUGGACGUGGACGUGGACGUGUUCGUGGACGUGGUCGUGGUCGUGGAUGUGGACGUGGUCGUGGACGUGGACGUGGACGUGGACGUGGACGUGGUCGUGGACCUGGACGUGGACGUGGUCGUGGACGUGGACGUGGACGUGGACGUGGACGUGGUCGUGGACGUGGACCUGGUCGUGGACUUGGACGUGGACGUGGUCGUGGACGUGGUCGUGGACGUGGACCUGGUCGUGGACUUGGACGUGGACGUGGUCGUGGACGUGGACCUGGUCGUGGACUUGGACGUGGACGUGGUCGUGGACGUGGUCGUGGACGUGGACGUGGACGUGGACGUGGACGUGGACGUGGUCGUGGACGUGGACGUGGUCGUGGACGUGGACGUGGACGUGGACGUGGACGUGGUCGUAGACGUGGUCGUGGUCGUAGACGUGGACGUGGACGUGGUCGUGGUCCUGGUUUUGGUCGUGGUCGUGGACUUGGUCGUGGACUUGGUCCUGGUCGUGGACGUGGUCGUGGACGUGGACGUGGACGUGGUCGUGGUCGAGGUCGUGGACGUGGACGUGGACGCGGUCGUGGACGUGGACGUGGACGUGGUCGUGGUCGAGGUCGUGGUCGUGGUCGUGGACCUGGACGUGGUCGUGGACGUGGUCGUGGUCGUGGACCUGGACGUGAUCGUGGACGUGGACGUGGUCGUGGACGUGGACGUGGACGUGGUCGUGGACGUGGACGUGGACGUGGUCGUGGACGUGGACGUGGACGUCAUCGUGGUCGAGGUCGUGGACGUGGACGUGGACGCGGUCGUGGUCGUGGACGUGGUCGUGGUCGUGGACCUGGACGUGAUCGUGGACGUCAUCGUGGUCGAGGUCGUGGACGUGGACGUGGACGUGGUCGUGGACGUGGACGUGGACGUGGUCGUGGACGUGGUCGUGGACGUGGUCGUGGACGUGGUACUGGACGUAAUCGUGCUCGAGGUCAUGGACGUGGACGUGGACGUGGUCGUGGUCGUGGUCGUGGACCUGGUCGUGGACGUGGACGUGUUCUUGGACGUGGACUUGGACGUGGUCUUGGUCGUGGACGUGGACAUGGUCGUCGAGUUGGACUUGGACGUGGACGUGGACGUGGUCGUGGACGUGGUCGUGGACGUGGUCGUGGACGUGGUACUGGACGUAAUCGUGCUCGAGGUCAUGGACGUGGACGGUUCUUAG